AUUAGUUCAGCUUUCGAAGCGUGUACUUACGGCAUUCCAAACCCGAACGUUCCGAAGGUUAACUGGGUCAGAACUGGGUACUCGUCAAACUUUCAGGAGACAAAACACGACAACAAAUAAUAGAGUCAUCAUCGUUUUGAGCCAACCAAAAAUACUAAACGUCAUUUCUCCCCCUUUUCCGUGUGCUUAGAACGACCUAAAACUCGUGUAGGUAACGAAACAAAGCAAACAAAAAGUUUUCCCCUCUACAUUAGACAGUGCUGCAUUAGAAAUCUUUCCGUGGGAAGGGGAAAGACUUUCGAGACGUCGCCACAUUUCACCCCGCAAACCUAUCAAACGGCCCCGACAGUGAGCGGGUGAACGGACGCUCGGAGCAGCCAAGCGUCACCAAGAUGGGCAAGAAAAAGCCAACCCCCGAGGAGGACCUGAUCAUACCGCCGCAGGACACGCGCAUCUGCGGCAUCAUCUGCGUCUGCCAGCUGACGUUCGUGCUGAGCACGGUCGCGAUCGUCUACCUGACCGUCGCGAUCUACAUGCCGUCGUCGCGCGCGUUCAAGAGCGGCAUCGACGAAACGCCCGUCAUGUGCACGACGACGCGCGCCCUCAACCAGGACGCCUGCGAGUGGGGCUCGUGCGGCGAAUGGUGCCUCAGCAAAACGUCCGGCGCCUGCAUCCAGAUCUACGUGCAUCUGCGCAUGAACGGCAGCAGCCUGCUGUUUACGAACUGUACCAACUCGGCGAACAAAACGUGCUACGGCAUCGAUCAGGAGAAUGCGAAGAAGUCGCGCUGCAUCGCGGACGAGUGCAAAAACCUGACCGGCACGUUCAACUGCAGCGCCGGCAUGUGCAUCAACAUUACCGACGCGUUCGAGUGCGUGUUCAAAAACACCGACCCGCCGCUCAAGUGCUCGGGCCGGCGGGGCAAGAUCACCUGCAUCGACAUCACCGGGCUGUUCUCGUGCAACCGGGGAACAUGUCGAAAGAUAAGAACUCCAUAUAAUUGCGAUCGUCGUUGCGUCGACAUACCGACCCGAAACAAGAACAUGAUCUUAUUAAGUGGAGAUAAAGUUUAUCUUUCGCAAUGUUCGAGCGCGAUCGACAUGGAAACGAAGCAGGAGGUGUGGAACGAGGCGGAGGACAAGGUGAUCAUGUCGUCCUGCUACAACAUCCAGAACACCUCGCUCGGCAUCGAGGCGAUCGAUUGCGUCAACGGGUCGGUGCUGGAGAAAACCGAGCUGACCGAUCUGACCAACUUCACCUACCUGAGCUACCUGCACUACGCCGUCUCGAAGCCGAUCAAGGUGAUUGCGCCGCAGGAGCAGGACCUGACGCUGUCGAACGAGAGCCGGCUGAUGAUCAAUCUCGAGGGCUGCGUCAACACGCUGCAGGACGAGUGCAAAGAGUUCCUGAAGGAGUUCGGCAAGGACGGCACCGACCAUAAUGCGCGGGCCCGCUUCCCGUGCUACUACUCCAAGAGCAAGAUGCAGCAGGUCGUGGCCCGGUUCGAUCUCGAGACGACCUACCGCCAGUUCGUCUUCGGGUUCUUCGUGCCGACCAUCCUGUUUGGCGUCUCCUGCCUGACGCUCAUCUUCUGCCAGCGGACGAUCGUCGUCGGGGACGACGCGAAGAUGCGCUUCGUCGGGUGCGCCAACAAGAACCCGGUGGUGGCGAACGGCGGCGCCAAGAACCAGGACAAGGCCAACUCCGGUGACGGCGGUGGAGGUGGAGACUCCGUUAUGGCUCUCUGAGAUCCAUCACGCAUUCCUCUCCUGCAAGAAGAUAGUCCAGUGCAUCAAUCGGGUGUGUUUUCUCUACACUAAAACCGUUUCCGGCCAGAGUGAUAAUCGGUAUUCUUCAGUCUAUCAGUCUCCCUUCCCCCUGCCUGAGAGCCUACGCCAACACCUAUCCCCUGUUGUUACUGUACACGUGUUAUUUCAUUAACGAAUUAUUUGCCAGCCUUCUCCUGCAAGCCGAAGUGUCGUUGAAUGACAGCAGCCAGCAAUUAUUCCGCAAAACACACACAACAAUCCAAAAAAGUUCGUUCAGUGGGAUCCUCGGCACCUACAGACGCUAACCGGGAUGCUGAUCCAAUUGCUCAGUUUGUAGCAAUUGCAUAUGUCGCGUGAGCAGAAGCAGUACACAAGAGCAAAGGAACAGCUGGUGAGGUGCAGAGUAUAACAACAAGAGCUGCUCACCGAAAUUCCGACCCGUGUUCGAACGAACAAAAAGUGGCUUACACCGUGCGGUGUUGAUGGACACAGCGCUAGAACUGCACUUUAUAAUAUAAUAUCCGGCAAACGGAACAAGAGCGGGCCCGCUUAGCAAGGCCGAACGAUCGGCCAAGGCUUUGCUUGGAGGUUGCAAUUGCAUGGCAUAGCCACCAACACUGAACAAGCGCUACACAAACACACAUAUACACAUACAUUCGCGGAUGGGCCAGUGAAUGAUAAACCUCCCAAUCUCUCCUCCGACAAGCUCCCCCUCCCCCCCCCCCCCCAUUGUAUUGUUAAGUAAUGUGUAAAUUUUGAAUCGUAAAACCAAUUUGUUACCAGCUGUUCAGUUUUCGAUGCACCAAUGCCUUGCGUAAACACUUAACUUAGAAGAACAAAAAAAAACGAAACGAAAGAAGAAACGUUUGGCAGGUGGAAAGGUGCGAGUUAGCAAGCAUAAAAUACAAACAACGAGAAAGGCAUCCACAGCAUGUUGUAGCGGAAAGGAAGUGCAUCGAAAAGGGGCACGAGCAAACCUGUUUAUUGAUAUUUUAAUUGUCAACGACAAAUCCCGUAAUUUGAUGACGAGCGAGAUACCGUACGGACGGCGUACGCACGACCAACGGCGAACACCGAAACGCGUCCGGAAAUCGUAGAAAUCGGAAAUUGAGGCAGGAAUUUUGGCCACCCGCGGACCAAAACAACAACAACAAUAACAGCAAAACAGAGAGAACAAAACCAGACUAGAAGGGCGGAAAGAACAACACGCCUGGAUCAUCAAAGCUGGGGUCUGGUCACCCUUUGGGGAUCACUCCGAAAGCAGGAAAACAAAGGUAGAGGAAUGCGUGACUGUAGUGGAGCAAGAAGCGAACACGGAAUGUAAUGCUUCACCGAAAUCAUAUAAUAGAACAAUACAUUAGAGCGCAAGCGUAAUCUAAAGAAGUAACAAAACAACAAAAUAACAAGCAGAAUAGCAACAUUACUACUUGCAACUUUGAGCGCACAGGACACUGGGUAAUAGUAGUGUGGAUACUAAGCGUCGGAUACUAUAGCAGCGACUCACUCAGCAAACGCUUAACGCAAUAGGCGAGCAGGAGGUCCAUAAUCGGCAAUCCAUCAAACGGGCACGAUCGUGCAGCCACGCGCACGUUUGACGAGACAAGAUAACCGCGACAAGUCCGUACCGCUGCUGUGCCGCUGUAACGCGAGUAAGAUUUUCGACUUUUAUAUUCAUCCGGUAGGCGGUAGGGGGUCUGCAGGAUUUUAGCCGUUAAGUCCACCAAGUAGAGAAAGAAAACAACCCCAAACUAUGCUUGAACAGUAAAAACUUAACCAACUGAACAAAACAGACAACAACUAGGCUGCCAAUGACUACUUAAUACCAUUAACAUAAGUUCAUUGCUGGUGCAGUACCGGACGUAGCAACUGGCGCGUGUUUAGAGUGUUUGUACAGACGGAGAGUAGUAUCAAGUAACUGGCGAGCUGGGUGUGUGCGUGUGUGGGUGCAUCACAGUAGUACACGGUGGCACCUUGU